ACUAAGGUAUAUAAGAAUAGUAGUAUCAUCAUUUAUACUAUUAUUUUCCUCUUUUUGGUUAAGAUUUUAUACUAAUAUUCUUCCAAUUUAGAUACGUAUAGAAUGCAACCACAAAGCCCCCCAAAAGGUGGGUGGGGGUGGGUUGGUUGGGACUAGGGUUGGGACAUUGGUUGUAUAUAAGAAGACAAAAAGCAAAAGCUUAGCCAUCACAAAUCUUCUCUCUGUACACACCAGCCAGGUGUUAGCAUUUCGAGGAGGAGAAGACACCAACCAAGCCACUUCUCCUUCAAUCAUUAGGGUUUUGAUUAAUUCGGAUCGGAAGAAAAACGAAUCGGACCAACCAACGAUGUUCUUGGUAGAUUGGUUCUAUGGAAUUCUCGCUACUUUAGGGUUAUGGCAGAAAGAGGCUAAGAUCUUGUUUUUGGGCCUCGAUAAUGCAGGGAAAACCACCUUGCUCCAUAUGUUGAAGGACGAGAGAUUGGUUCAACAUCAGCCAACACAAUACCCAACGUCAGAGGAGCUUAGUAUUGGUAAGAUCAAGUUCAAAGCGUUUGAUUUGGGUGGGCAUCAGAUUGCUCGUCGUGUUUGGAAAGAUUAUUAUGCUAAGGUGGAUGCUGUUGUAUACUUGGUGGAUUCCUAUGACAAAGAAAGGUUCGCCGAGUCUAAGAAAGAGCUGGAUGCUCUCCUAUCUGAUGAGUCCUUGGCCACUGUUCCGUUUCUUAUAUUGGGUAACAAGAUAGACAUCCCUUAUGCUGCCUCGGAAGAUGAACUGCGUUACCAUUUGGGGCUAACAGGCGUCACCACUGGCAAGGGGAAGGUAAACCUGGCAGACUCCAAUGUCCGUCCACUCGAGGUGUUCAUGUGCAGCAUAGUCCGGAAAAUGGGUUAUGGGGAAGGCUUUAGAUGGAUGUCUCAGUACAUCAAGUAAUCGGGUCUAGGAAGUGAGAUUUGUUGUUCUGUUUUAAGUUUCUUAUUUUUGUACUGGAUAAGUUGAAAAUGUCUGUUUAUCUUUAUGGGCUAAAUAGUUUCUGUUUUUUCCCCAGGUUUUCAGUGAAACAGUUAAAAAAACAGUGUUCUACUAUUAUAUAUGACUAGUCUACAUUUUUCUCUUCA